UUGCUUAAGCUACAGGUUUGGACUCUAUCGCUUGUUGACUGCCUUUGCGAAAAAUGGCAUAUUAAUGCAACCAACAAAUCAAGCAAACCCCUGAAAAACCAAAACGCAACUAUAUAUACUCACUCUUUCACCACCAAAUCCCAUUCUUGAUAAUUGCUUUCUGCUAUUGCUUGACAUGGCAACAACUACUCUCUUUUCUCCCCCACUUUCCCAUUAUUACUUCCCUUUCCCCUAGCUACUCACUAUCACAUCCAUCCUCUUGUUAUUUCAUCUUGGAUCUUACAUGAGAAGAUGAGGAGAUGUAAUGCAGCCAAGGAUGACUUGCCGAUUCAAAACUUACCAUAUAUAAAUAUAUCAUUCUGGUUUUCUUCUACGAUUGUGAUGAUCGGCUCGGCAAGUUGUCUUUGGCUACGUUUCUACUCCAUUUUCACAUGUUAGAUCUAUAUUUGAUGAUUAUUGAUCAUGGACCUACAAGACAUGAAGGCUAAAUGUGAUCGCGUUGAUCAUUCUUAAAUUCAUCAUCAAAAACCAAUUUGAUACAGCUUCAUGAAGACAGGAACAAUGGAAGCUGGGGAAACAUCAAUGGAUGCAACCUCAAAAAAAGAGGUAAUAAUUAAGGUAAAUCUAGAAAGAUGGAUGUCAAUAGCUGACCUUAUGUUGAGAGUUUUUGCAGCUAUUGCAACAUUAGCAAGCGCUAUUGCCAUGACAACCACUAAACAAACACUUCCAUUUUCAAUUCAAUCUUUCCUGUUCAGGGCUGACUAUAAAGAUUUCCCCGUGUUCAAGUUCUUUGCGAUAGCAAAUUCUAUUGUAUGUGCAUAUCUUCUUCUAUCUCUUCCUUUGUCCGUCUUUCUUAUGAUCAGGAUCAAGAUGAAGAUUAUUAGGAUCAUUUUGGUCGUAUUUGAUAUGGUUAUGCUGGUAAUUCUGAGUAGCGGGGCAGCGGGUGCAACAAGUAUUGUCCAAUUAGCAGAAAAAGGGAAUAGUAGAGCAAACUGGGUUGCCAUUUGCCAGCCAUUCAGAUUCAGGAGCUUCUGCCACAGACUAUCUGGAUCUCUUGUUGGCUCCUUCAUCUCAAUUGUCAUUCUUAUGCUAAUUAUUAUAGCAUCAACUGUAUCCCUGUCUCAGCUCUAGCCCUCUACUGUAUUGAUAUAUCAUUACAUGAAUGUUUUUCAUGUACUCGUAUCUCCAAUUUGUGUCCUCUGUUUUUUCCUGUUUAGGACUUUUUUUUUAUUAUUUUAAUUAUCUAAUGUCUAAAACCUAUUGGUCAAACUAAUCACGGAUUGACACUGGGCAUGCCUAUGAAGAGGGACAAAACUCUCCAUCGGAUUGUUUUAAAGGAACUACAUAUCUAGAUCUCGAUAAAUCUAAUCAUACCAAAGAUCGAGAACUCAAAAUCUCUAAGGAAGAGGAGAUUCCUACAUCCCAUCUCAUCCGUGUAGUUUCCUUUUUAAGAUUUUAAUUUGCAUCGAGCAUGAAAUGCAGUAUUAGUUAUAUAA